UAUUGCAACCAGCUGUAAUUUCUGAACCUCUCUCACGCACUUCUCUAGCCGACCAUGAGCCCAACUUCCAGCUAACUGUGUACGGUCUGCCUCUGAAUCGCCCAUUAUUCAUUCUUCGACAUUAAUGUGAUGUUACCAAUGAUAAUGAAGUUGCGAGGUCUUUCUCUUUUCUGCACGUGGCAGAGCAUCGUCACUGUUUUUACAUUGCUUACUUAUCAUUUCGCUUAUUGUUUCCGGUACAGCUCCGCUGUAAUUGCAAAACAUUCGUACGCCUUGAUGGCCUUCUUCUGGCUCUCUGCGCUGCCCCUCUCUCCAGUCGUAGUACCCACCACAAGGAAUGUCUUUUGUCUCUGCAGUCAGCUGGCUCUCAAAUCAUCAGCGGUCAUUAAUUUUCCAAGUGAAGCCAAGGUCAUGUCGGGACCUGGUCAGUGCUUCACAGAGGCACAUUUGUCACAGGCAGCCUGGGCCUCCCUCGUUUAUCACGAGAGCCAGGAACCUGGACUUCUCUAGAUCCAGGAACUUACGAAGGUGUCGGAGGGUCGCCCACCUAUCAAGCCUCGGCUAUAGUGCCAGAGAUGCGGAAUAUUGAAUGCAUAAUGUGUCAUUUUGCAAAACUGGCUA